AAUGUAUCCGGGAGCGGUGUCGUGAGAUUUUUCCGUCCGGGGUGGAAUUCAUGGAGUUUAAUUGUUGAUUAGAUUAGAGGAUAUGGCGGUUCGCGUUGUGAAUGGCGCGACAAUCCUGCGCUGCUGCGCUGUGUCUCCGUCGCUUGCCACUGUCAGAUGCUGCGUGCAGCUUUCCCGGACUGGUCCAUUUUAUUCCUCCACUCGUUGCUCGAUUUCACGGCAACUUUGCUGUCGAGUGAUUUCUUUUGGCUUUGGAAGCGUUGCUACUCGAAGGUACUCAGCGCAGAGUCUAGUGGAUGUGGUCCUCGAAGAGCUGGAGUCACUGCGGAAGCGUGGCAAGGUUCGCGCCUCAAACAAAUUAGAGCUGAAAGGCAGCGAAGAGCUUCUUGAAAAAAGGUUAGAGAGGCGGGUACUUCAGAAAGGAUUGCUACUGGAAUUUCAAAAAGAUGCAGAACGGGUAUUAUUAGCAGUUGCACAGAAGGCAGAUGGCAAAAAAAACUGGAUAGUAGCAGAUCAGAAUGGUGUGAUGGCAUCUAUUAAGCCUCAACAGAUCACCUUUAUUGUGCCUGGUAUCAACAACUUUGAUCACACAGAGAUAGCAAAUUUUCUUCAGAAAGCUCACGAAAAUUUGGACCCUGCAUUGCUUGAGUUUGCAUGGAUGGAGCUUCUUGAAAAGAAUAAAUCUUGUACAGUGGAAGAACUUGCAGAAAUGAUUUAUGGUAGUGCGGAACCUCUUGAGAGCUAUUCUGCUCAUCUUUUGCUUUCAAAGGAUGAUAUAUAUUUCACUACUUUGGAGACUAAAGGUUCACACUCUGUCUAUGGGCCAAGGCCUGCUGUUCAGGUUGAAGAACUUAUGCGAAGGAAGCUUGUCAAGGAGGCUGCAGAAAGGGAACUUGAAGAGUUUGUUGAAUUGUUGAAAUCUGCCAAAAACACGCCUCUGCAUUCAAAGCCUCCAAGAUCUAUGUGGAAAUGUGAAGAGAAAAACCGAAGGAAAAUUGAGUGUCUUGAAGCAUAUGCAAUUGAUGAGUAUAUGAAUGAAGAUGAAAGAAAAACAGCUGGAAUGAUUUUGAAGGCCAUGGGGCUCUCUAAAACAGCACCAGCGGCAGUUAGUCUCCUCAUCGAUAUUGGGUAUUUCCCAGUGCAUGUAAACCUUGAAUUGUUGAAGUUAAGCAUUCGUACUGAUUAUCCAGAAGAGAUUCUCACCGCUGCUGAAAGGCUCUUGUUUGAGUCACCUGACCUGGAUGAGGUUGACAGAAGAGAUAUGACUGGCAUGAAAGUUUAUGCCAUUGAUGUUGACGAAGCUGAUGAGCUCGAUGACGCGUUGAGUGCAACUAAGCUUCAGGAUGGCCGAAUAAAAGUGUGGAUCCAUGUUGCUGAUCCAACUAGCUUAGUUCUUCCAGGGAGCAAUAUAGACAAAGAGGCUAUGAAGAGGGGAACUUCUGUGUUUUUACCAACUGCUACCUACCCAAUGUUCCCUGAGAAAUUAGCAAUGGAAGGCAUGAGUUUGAAGCAAGGGGAGCACUGCAGGGCCAUCACAGUUUCUGUUGUGUUGCAUUCUGAUGGAAGCAUUGCAGAAUACUCGGUGGAAAACACUAUCAUAAAGCCAACAUACAUGCUUACAUAUGAGAGUGCAACAGAACUUCUCAACCUGAACCUCGAAGAGGAAUCUGAACUCGGACUUCUUUCAGAUGCUGCUGCAAUUCGUUUCCAAUGGCGUCAAAAACAGGGUGCAAUAGAUACAUCUACAUUAGAAACUCGAAUCAAAGUAAGUAAUCCAGAUGAUCCAGAGCCUUCGAUCAAGCUGUAUGUGGAAAAUCAGGCAGAUCCUGCAAUGCGCAUUGUAUCCGAGAUGAUGAUACUUUGCGGCGAAGUUAUAGCUACUCUUGGUUCUUCAAACAAUAUUGUUUUACCUUAUCGUGGGCAACCUCAGUCAAACAUUGAUGUCACUGCGUUUACCCAUCUUCCUGAAGGCCCUGUGAGGAGCUCUGCUAUGGUUAGAAUCAUGCGAGCUGCUGAAAUCGAUUUCAGGAAGCCUAUCCGCCAUGGUGUUUUAGGACUUCCUGGAUAUGUUCAAUUCACAUCUCCCAUCCGCAGAUACAUGGAUUUACUGGCUCACUAUCAGGUGAAAGCUUUUCUUCGGGGAGAUUCUCCUCCUUUCUCUGCUGGACAGCUAGAAGGUAUUGGAUCUAUGGUAAACAUUAACAUGAAGGUGGCAAAGAGGCUGAGCUCCAGCAGCCUACGAUAUUGGAUAAUAGAAUACUUGAGGCGGCAACCUAAAGGAAAAAAGUUUUCUGCUUUGAUCCUCCGCUUCAUCAAAGAUAGAGUUGCAUCCAUAUUCUUGGUGGAGGUUGGAAUAUAUGCGUCUCUCUGGGUAUCUGUUGGCAUGCACAUCGGUGAUGAAGUAAAAGUUCAGGUGGAAGCAGCACAUCCACGUGAUGAUGUUCUUACUCUCAAGGAGGUUCCAGAUAUAUGAAAGUCUGGUUUUUGC